AUGGGAGGCAAAGACGCUCUCAUGGGAGAGUCGCCAUGGAGUGUUCUACUGAAAGUAACUGGAACUGGCGGUACGAACAGCACUGAUUAUUCUGACAUUGAGUUCCCCCCUGUGUGUGGAGGUACACUUGUCACACCACGCCACUUCAUUACGGCUGCCCAUUGUUUCUGGAGAAAUGUGGGUGCUACACCAUGCAGCAUGGAGGACAUGUAUCCGAUUGAUUUUGUAAGGAAGAAUUCCAUAGUCCAAGUUGGUGGUAUUUGUUAUGAACAAGACACCAAAGUGAAAUGUAGCGGUAAGAAAGUCGGCACAAAAAUGCGGGUCAAAAACGGAUUCUAUGAAGGAUUUUUCAAGGCAGGAUGUACUGGAACGAGAGAUAUUGCAAUUAUGGAAUUGGAUAGGGAUGUUCCUGCUGGCAUUCAUCACAUUUGCUUGCCUCACCUUCACCAUAUAGAUGAACUGGACGACGACUCGAUGAAGCUCUUCUCAACUGGAUGGGGCCUCGAUCCACUUCGCGGUUACUUCGAGAAACCAACUCCAAUCCUGCAGAAGAUUGAUUUGGGAUCAAAAAUGACUUACGAAGAAUGUCAGAAAAAUUCACCCACUAAGGGACCAGCUAUAUUUUGCACCGUUGAGAAAUCGGAGAAAAACGUUUGUAAGGGAGACAGUGGAGGUGGAGUUACAGUACCAUUUGGUGGAAGGCAUUAUUUGGUGGGUGUUGUGUCUCGUGGAACAGGUUGCGAAGAUUUGCUCCAAGGUCUCAGUCCGGGUGCACAGGCACAUACUGACCUUUCAUUCUAUACAGCUGAUAUUGACAGUGUGUUGAACAUGAAAAUUGAAGAUCGUAAAACAAAAUGGGAAAGCAUAAAUAGCAAACAUAACUCCGAAGAUACUCUGAAGAAGAAGCCGGUGAAGACGAUGAUGUCAUAA